AUGAGCUGGAUGGCGCCGCCGCCGUGGCCGACAUCGUCGAUGUGCCCAUCCUUCCAUGGGGGCGCAUACAACCAGCGUGGCCUCAACACUGGACUAGGAAUGAUGAGUCAUCAACAGCAAAUUGCCCCUCCUAGUAGAGGUUCUGUGAAUGGAUUCCCCCAUCGAAAGCUGGAUAGGGAGGGUAGUGGAAGGCAUGAAAGUAAAAUAAAUUUGGUGAGAUCAUCGUCUGGUGGUUUUACCAAUUCAGAAAAUGGCAUCAAACUAGGGCAUGGAAGCCAUUCGAGGGACCGGCUAAUCUAUGUUCUAACACAACUUAUUGGGCAUCAUGUGGAUGUGCAUGUGAAAAAUGGGUCUAUAAUCUCUGGAAUUUUCCAUGCAACAAACUCUGACAAAGACUUCGGAGUAGUCUUAAAAAUGGCUCAGGUCAUAAAGGAUGGUUCUGCCAGAGGACAAAGAUAUGCUGAUGAUGUUGUAAAGAAACCUGAGACUAUGAUAAUACCAGCAAGGGAGCUUGUACAAGUCUUCGCCAAGGAUGUAGCACUUGGCGUUGAUGAGCUGCCAAAAGGUCCUGGCCAUGACAAAAGGAAGGACUUGCUGAUUGAUUCUGCUAUUUCCCGCUCUCAUUAUCUUGAAGAGAGGGAACUUGAGCGCUGGGCACCAGAUGAAGGAGAUUCAGAGUGUAUUGAACUGGAGAAGUAUGACAGAAAGGGAAAUAGGAGCUGGGACCAGUUUGAAACCAAUGCAGCUUUGUUUGGGGUAAAGAGUACUUUCAAUGAAGAAAUUUAUACCACAAAGCUUGAGAGAGGUCCUCAUAUGAGAGAGCUUGAAAAGCAUGCUUCGAGAAUAGCUAGAGAAAUAGAGGGAGAAGAUACCAAAGAUAUUCAUCUUGCAGAGGAGAGAGGCUUAUUCCUGGGUGAUGACUUGGACCAUGAUGAAGAGAUAAAAUAUUCAGCAGUGCGUAGAGACACCGAUAACAGCAAGUACAAGCCACCAUUUGCUAAAAUUCCAAGCAGUACAUGCCAUGUUGAUUCGUUUAACAGGACAGUCAAUAUUGAUCCCAAGGAUUCACUGGCAUGUUCAUCAAAAAUGGAUGAAGAAUCAUCAUCCCACAUAUUUGAUGAUACCGAUGCAUCUGCCACUAUCCAAACCAAUAGCGUUAGCCAGCCAACAUCUGAUCACCUAUCAGAUAGACCCUUGUCCAAUGAUGAAAACAGGUUGGACAGAAAGCUGAGCAAAGAGAGUAAUGAAAACAUGGAUAACAGAAAGUUGCAACCUGAGAAUAAUUUAUCUGAUGGUGCCAGACCUCUUAUUUCUGAAGGGUUGGAUGGGCGACCCUCAAGUUCACAUGCAUAUGAACCCUCAUCUUCUGGUCAAGGAUUCAAAUCUCGAGAAACACCUGAUUUGACAGUAUCUGUCAAACAUCCUUCUGCGACGGAACCUGUGACUUCCUCUCAAAGACCUGGCAGUUCAACAUCGUCAACAUCAGAGCGCAUUGCUGCAAACUCAGCUGCGAGUGCUCCUGGCUUGUCACCAAGCUCUUCAAUAGGAUCUCUUACCUCUGAAAAAUCAACUUUGAACCCUAAUGCUAAGGAAUUCAAGCUAAAUCCUAAUGCCAAGAGUUUCACUCCGUCAGCAUCUUUGAGGCCACCACACCCUACAUCAUCUGAUGCAUCAUAUUACUAUCCUAAUAACAUGCCGGCGGCACCACUUGGACCUGGUUUGCCAGUGGGCAUGGGGUUCCCACCGGCAUAUGGUGCCCAGUCUGUCAUGUAUAAUACUCAACCUGGAGCAUCACCGCAGGGUUACAUGCAUCCUGCUGGUCCACAGUAUGGGCAGCAGAUGAUGAUGGGGGGGCAGACUCGUCCUGUUUAUUAUUAUGCGCCUGAGAUGCAACAAUACAGAGGAAGAAACUUCUAG